AUGCAUCAAUUCGCGGUGCACACGUUCCGCCGCUCCGCCGACCGUUGGAUGCCGCUCAAGCUCGUCUUCUGCCACGCCAACGCUGACGUGUGCCAGCAGUGGUCGGACCGCAUCCUCUCGCUGCUGCGCGCCGACCCGGAGCGCCCUAGGAGCCUCUUAGUGUUCGUGAACCCUACUGGCGGGCGGAAGAAGGGAUUAAAGACAUGGGAGGCGGUUCGACCCGUGUUCGAUCGCGCAGGAGUCGCCGUGCAGGUGGUGGUAACCAGCCGUCGCAACCACGCGCGCGACAUGCUGCAGAACGCGUCGGACAAGGAGCUCUGCCAGCUCGACGGCAUCAUCGUCGUGGGCGGCGACGGGCUGUUCAACGAGGCGCUCAACGGGCUGGCGAGGCGGCGCCAUCGCGCCUUUCCGUGCGUGCGCCCCGCGCGCCUGCGCCUCCCGCCGCCCUCCACCGCCCCAUGCGGUGCCGGCAGAAGCGGGAGCGAGAGGGGAAGGAUUGGGAGCGCAGGGAAGGAGGAGUGUGGAUCGAAUAGAGCUAGACUGGCUAAGGAUAAUGGGGUAGGCGCAGGGGAUUUCAGAUUAAGAGGUGGAUUGGGAAUAGGAGGCGGUUUGGGAGCCGAUUCGGGAGCAGGAGGCGAUUUGGAGCAGCUGCCAGCGUGGCAGGGUGCCACGACAGCAGAGAAAGAAGAAGAGGAGGAGAGGGAGGAGGAGGAGGAGGAGGAGGAGGAGGAGGAGGAGGAAGAGGGGGGAGAGGAGAAGGAAUCCCAGGAGCGUGUAGUUGUUUCAGAUGGCGACACUGCUUAUGCUGAUGAUGUUGGCGCUGCUGGUGGUGCAGGUGUUGGCCCCGCAGGUUCGGACCGAGCCUGCGCUCCAGGUUUGGUGAGGAAGCUGACGCUCGGCAGGUUUUGCAGGCAGGAGAGCGAGUUGGAGGCGGCAGGUGCAGUGAACCUGGACAUGGGCAGCGCAGGGCAGCCAUGUGAAGUGAAAAAGAGAGGAGACGGGAAGGAGAGCGGAGAGGAGAGAGGAGGGGAGGACGAGGAGGAGGGGGAGGAGGGAGGAAGGGAGGGGAGGAAGCGAGUGGGGAGCAAGGGGUGGUUGGCUGCUGCGGGGUUGAAUUUGAACAACUGGCGACGCAAUAAUGACAAGGGCACACACACAUUCGGGCAAACCGGCGGGGGGCAUGCUGACGUGGACGGCGAUGAUUCGCCGAGAGGAGGCGGCAGGGGUUUGGACAUCCCUGCAGGGUUAAAUACUCCUGGUUUAGAGACUCCUGGUGUCUUUAAUUUCCAUGACGGCCUUAAUACCCCUGCUGGAUUAAAUACUCCUGCCGGGUAUGGGUAUGACACUCCUAAAGGCUACUAUGCGACUCCUAAAGCCGGAUCGUACUAUGAGACUCCUAAGCCUGGUAGUGGCGGCUCGGGUGGGUAUUAUUUCCCGACUCCCAAGGAGGGGGGCGGUGGGGCGAAGGGGUUUUACGAGACGCCCAAGGCGCAGCAGGCUCGGCGCAGCUUCGGUCGAAGCAGUUUUGGUCCGGGGGUCAGGAAUGCAACGUUUUUGAGUGACUGGGGGACGGUGCGCGAGGUGGAAGAGGGGGAGGAGGAGGAAGGUGGGGAAGGGGAGGAAAGGGCAGGAGUGGGGGAGUGGGGAAGGGGAGUGGAUGAGUGGAGGGAGGGAGGAUUUGGGGAGGAUGGCGGAGUGGGGUUGUGUCUGCCUAGGCGGCUGAGGAUUGGGAUCAUCCCUGCUGGCUCUACAGAUUGCAUUGCCAUGAGCCUCGUUGGUUCCCGUGACCCCGCCACGUCAGCACUGAAUGUUGUGAUUGGCCGACGCACUCCUAUGGAUGUUGUGCGGGUAACUUCCUGGAAACCCGCCACCUCCUCUUCCUCCUCUUCAUCCUCCCCGUCCUCCCCCUCCUCCUCCUCCUACGCCCCUUCCUCCAUCCCUCCGGCGGCCUUCUCAUCCCAACCACCACUCAUCCCUUCCGAGCCUACAUUCUCGCCGAACCUCCCACCCGAACCUACACUCUUAACCUCGGGCCAAGCCGCCGUCCUAGCUUCGGCAUCUCCCCUUUCCUCCUGCCCCGCUUUCUCCUCCUCUUCCGCCCCCGCUUCCCCCUCCUCCCUCUCGUCUUCCUCCUCUGCCUUGUCCGAAUCGUCGAUGACUCGGCUCCAGGUUGGCGCUGACUCAGCAGCUGAGAUUGCUGAGUCAGCACAACCAGCAAAAGCAGAGGAAAGAAGAGGAGAAGGAGAAGCAGGAGAGGAGAGAAGAGAGAUUCAUGCAGCAACGGGAGGAGCAGCGGAAGGUUCCAGGAAGGAGGGCGAGGAGCAGCAGAUGGAGUGUGAUGUCCGAUAUGCCGCGUCAUUCUUCGGAUACGGCUUCUAUGGGGCAGUAACGAAGGAGAGCGAGGCGCUGAGGUGGAUGGGACCUGCCAGAUACGACUAUGCGGGAUUCAUGACUUACAUGCGCCACAGGUCAUACGAGGCAGAGGUGUCAUUCUUCCACGUGCCUGAGCCAGAUCAACCCUCCAUGCAAAGGCGAAGCACCACGGCCCGUCCGGAGAUCUGCACCGUUGGAUGCUCGGUGUGCGCCAACGGCCAGGAUCUCUCGCUGCUGGCGCGAUCAGCCCUGGGAUUCGAGGCCAUAGGCCCAUCACAGUCAGCUGUGGGUCUGGCCUCCCUUCUCACCCCUCUCAACCGCACUGCUGCUGACACUGCUGCUGAUACUGCUGCUGAUACUGAAACUGCUGGUUCUGCUGCUGAUGCCGCUGCUGUUUCGCCUUCCUAUCACCCUCCUCCCGCCGCUCCUGAUGCUGCUGCUGCUACAGCCACAGAAGCCGAUAAGCACAGGCUCUCCUCACCUCCUCCCCUAGAAGCUGCUGAUGCUGACGUGGCAGCGCCGGAUUCGCCGCAGCCGCUGACCUGGGAUGAGGCGACGCCAGGCUGGCGCACCGUGAGAGGCCGGUUUCACAGCGUGGGCGGCGCGGUGAUCUCUUGCCGCAAUGACAAGGCGCCAGAUGGCGUCGCGGCACACGCCCACCUGGCGGAUGGGAAUCUCAACCUCAUCAUGAUUCGCGAGUGCUCACGCGCAGAAUACCUCCAGCAGCUGCUGUGUCUGGCCAUCAAGGGAGCUGAUCCCCUCGACUUCCACUUCGUCCAGCACCACAAGACCCCAGCGUUCACAUUCAAGGCCAUGGGCGAGCAGGGCUUCUGGAAUGUGGAUGGUGAACUGGUGGAGGCGAGUGAGCUGUCAGCACAGGUGUUUCCUCUCACCCCCUUUCCCUCCAUCAUCCCCACUUCCCACCCCCAGACCCCAGCGUUCACAUUCAAGGCCAUGGGAGAACAAGGAUUUUGGAAUGUGGAUGGUGAACUGGUGGAGGCGAGUGAGCUGUCAGCCCAGGUGUUCCGAGGGAUGGUGGACAUGUUUGGCAGCGGACCGGACGUGUGA